AUGGCCUCCGCGGAUCAUGAUUGCACAAAAAAAUUCUCAAGUCCCGAAAUAAGUCUGCACACUGAGGUUGACACAAACCCUUUGGAGUUUUUGAAUGAAAGAGCACAAUACUUACUAAGAAAGACCGAUGAUUUUACAUAUUUAACGCCUGAUAGACAUGAAAGAAGAUAUAACGGGAAAAUUACGCAUCAACGACCGUUGAAAACAAUAGCAAAGCGAAAAUCUCGGACUGUUUUCAACACAAAACAAAUACUUAUAUUGGAGAAGAUUUUUAAGAAGAGGCCGUACGUGACCAGGGAAGAGAGGCAAGUCCUGACGGAGAUGUUGAACGUGAGCGAUCGAGUGAUAAAGGUGUGGUUCCAAAACCGUAGACGCCUGUCUGGAAUUAGUCAAAGGGAAAUGGAGCCAAUGACCAACUGCAACUCGGAUUCGUCUGCCGAAGAGGUCGACGCCACUUUGGACCUAAGCUAUGUUGAAUCGAAAAUGAAAGACGCCGAUGAAUUCGGCUACGUGACGUUGGAUGAUCGGGCGAUGAAGGAAUUGAUCACGGUCGUGGAUUCGUUCUUGAUGGGUAUCGAUAUAAAUGAACCUCUCAAGGAAACGAAUGUAACACCACUUGUUAACACUGUAAAGUAUGAACCUAUUUCGCCAGUAAGCAUUACCGACUGUGAGGAUGAAGUUACGUACAUGCCUCAUUGGGAGCCCAACGAGCCAGAAGUGUCCCUAAGGCAUCUAUUUGAUGUGCAAGCGUUAAUGUCUUUG